AUGGCAACAUACGUAGGAAAAGAAGCCCCAUUUUUCAAAGCUGAGGCCGUGUUUGGUGAUAACACUUUUGGUGAAGUGAGUUUAAAAGAUUUUAUUGGAAAGAAAUAUGUUCUCCUUUAUUUUUACCCACUAGAUUUUACUUUUGUAUGCCCAUCUGAAAUUAUAGCUUUAGAUAAAGCUCUUAAUUCGUUUAACGAGAGGAAUGUAGAAUUGUUGGGAUGUAGCGUAGAUAGCAAGUACACACAUUUAGCAUGGAAAAAAACGCCAUUGUCAAAAGGAGGUAUCGGUAAUAUAAAACAUACCUUGUUAUCCGACAUUUCGAAAAGCAUUUCGAGAGAUUAUAAUGUUCUCUUUGGUGAUAGUGUGUCAUUAAGAGCUUUUGUUCUAAUUGAUAAACAAGGAAUAGUUCAACAUCUUCUUGUUAACAAUUUAGCAAUAGGUAGAUCAGUUGAUGAAAUCUUAAGAAUAAUCGAUGCCAUACAACAUCAUGAGAAAUGUGGAGAUGUAUGCCCAGCCAACUGGCAAAAAGGAAAAGUAUCUAUGAAGCCAUCAGAAGAAGGUGUUUCAACAUAUUUAUCCACAUUGUAA